AUGUCAUCAACAGAUAUAAAUGAAUUUAAAUCAGUUUGUACAUGUCGAACUUUACAACAAUUAAAUCCACGUGUACAAUUAAUUGCUGAAUCAAAUAUGACAAUUGACCAAAUUGAUGAAAAAUAUAUUGAACAAUUUGAUUAUGUUUGUUUAUUUAAUUAUUAUGAUUUUCAAGUUGUAUCACAUCUUAAUAAACUUUGUCGAGGACAACAACAUACAGAUGAAAAUGGAAAAAAACAAGUUUAUUUUUUUUGUGCUGCUACAUUUGGAUUAUAUGGAUUUGUAUUUAAAGAUCUUGGUGAUAAAUAUGAUUAUCUUAGUGAAAAUUCAGUUGGAAGUGAAUCAUUAAUAAAAGGUGAAGGAGGUAAUGAAUCAAAGAAAAGUGAAAAAAUUACAAGUAAAUCGACUCGUAAUUUUGUAACAUUUGAAACAGCAUUAACUACGGAAUGGAAACCAAAUCGACGACAAGCAACAACACGUUCAGCUAUUAUAACAUACAAUUUAUUACGUGCUCUUUUGACAUUCUAUGAACAAUAUCAACGAGCACCUGCAUUAGUUACGCAAGAUGUCGAUAUACCAAAUUUAAUGAAAGUUAUUCAUGAAAAAAUAGCUUUAUCAACAGCUUCUGCAUCAUCAUCAAAUUCUAUAAAUAACGAAGAAUUUAAUGAAGAAUUAGUCAAGGAUAUUUUAAUAGAUAAUAAUGCUGUCGCAUCAAUUGUUGGUGGUAUAAUGAGUCAUGAUAUUGUCAAAGCAAUUUCGAAACAAGAACCUAAAGAUAAUUUUUUCUUGUUCAAUGGCGUAGCAUGUGUUGGAUUAUCAAUGCCAAUUGCUUGUUAA